CUAUAAAUAUAGAGUGUGUGGGUGGAGCUACAGUCAGCUGUCAUGGCGGCGCCCGUCGUUGUUGUGCAAGGCGCGAGCCGAGGUCUCGGACUUGAAUUUUGCAAACAAUUACUGAAGUGGAAAACCCCCGCCGUGGUCAUAGCAACAUGUCGCCACCCGGACGCCUGCCAGGAACUCCAGGCCCUGGCGGCCCGGGGCCCCGGGACCGGGACCCUGUCCCUCCUCCAGCUGGAUGUGGACCGCGAGGACGACGUGCGCGGCGCCGCGGAGCGCGUGGCCGCGCUGUUCGGCGGUGUGGACCUGAUGAUCAACUGCUCCGCGAUGCUGCAUCCUUCCGGUCGAGGGGAGACCAGCCUGCGGAACGUGUCCGCACAGGGCGUCAUGGCGACGGUCUCCACCAACACGGUGGGGCCCCUCCUCAUGGCCAAGUACUUCAGCCCCCUACUGAUGAAAGGGGGGGGGGCCUUCGGGGCCCAGCCCCCCGAGAGGAGCCGGCAGCACAGGGGGCUCCUGGUCAACAUGACGGCCCGGGUGGGCUCCAUCGGGGACAACGCUCUCGGGGGCUGGUACAGCUACAGACUCUCUAAAGCUGCUCUGAACAUGGUGACCAAAACACUGUCAGUUGAGCUGGGAAGGAGUUCACACAACAAGGUGGUGUGUGUGUCCCUCCACCCGGGCACCGUGGCCACCGACCUCUCCGCCCCGUACCACCGCGGGGUCCCGGCCGACCGGCUCUUCAGCCCGCAGCACUCGGUGUCUCUGCUGCUGGCCCUCAUCCAGACCCUCAGCAUGGAGCACACGGGGGGCGCCUACAGCUGGGACGGGGCCCCUAUCCCCUGGUAGAACCACCUACAGCUGGGACAGGGUCCCUAUGCCCUGGUAGAACCACCUACAGCUGGGACGGGGCCCCUAUCCCCUGGUAGAACCACCUACAGCUGGGACGGGGCCCCUAUCCCCUGGUAGAACCACCUACAGCUGGGACAGGGUCCCUAUCCCCUGGUAGAACCACCUACAGCUGGGAAGGGGCCCCUAUCCCCUGGUAGAACCACCUACAGCUGGGACGGGGCCCCUAUCCCCUGGUAGAACCACCUACAGCUGGGACAGGGUCCCUAUCCCCUGGUAGAACCACCUACAGCUGGGAAGGGGCCCCUAUCCCCUGGAAGAACCGCCUACAGCCGGCUAGAACCGGCAACAAACACAGAACCUCUGCUCUAUAUAUAUUUAUAUGUAUAUGUGUGUAUAUAUUAUAUCUAUGUAUAUAUGUAUCUAUCUAUACUUUUUGUUCCAUCCACUCUGUAAUGAGAUGCAUAUCUGUUAAUAAACUCCUAGCUGGAAGUCACUUCUUA